UUUCUUGUUAGCCGGCGAGCUUGACAACCUUCCUGAGUUGAAGACCCGCAGCGUUUCCUUAAAUCCAGACUUUGCCUACCAACUAUUUUAACUCUGGUUUUAGGUCUCUUCGUGUAGCAUAAAUGUCGAAACUUUUGCAAAAAGCUCGGGGUUUCGUUGCCGCCAGCAUCUGCGUUCGUUGCUAGGCGAUGGACGGGCAGCAGAUCCCGGUGAGCGACCAAGAACCCAAAGCCCUGCGAGAAGACACGCGGAGGAGGAGGAGAAAGAAGGCCAUCAUGUCGUCGUCCUGCACCUCCAUGGAUCAGAUCAGUGUUGAGUUUGUCCUGCCCACCGCGGCGCGGGGCGGAAACAACCCCGACACCCUGCUCCUGGAGGUGGCUGGAAACUGGACCGUGGAACAGGUGAAAGCUCAGGUGUGGCUGAAGGCGGUGACUUUAAACCUCUGUCCUGACUUCUACCAGCGCUUUUCCCCCGACCACUGCAUCCUGCUCUACCAGAAGAAAGGCAACGUGUGCGAGAUCUACGACAAGCACCAGGUGUUCCAGACGCUGGACUGCAUCCGUUACUGGAGAGCCCUGAAGAAAGACGUGGGGCGGAUCCAGCUGGCUCCCCGUCCGCAGCCCUCGGACGAGUCCCAGCAGUACCAGCGCUACCUCAACUACCUGAUUGGCUACGACGUGACUGAUGUCAGCAACGUGCACGACGAUGAGCUGGAGUUCACCCGCAGGAAGCUGCUGACGCCGCGACGCAUCCAGCUGGCUGACCGCGACGCAAAACUCUACUCCAUGGACCCCUGGGUCACCCGCAAGCCGCUGCCUGAGCACCUGCUCAGCAAGAUCAGUAACGGUCACAUUCUGGUGGUGAUCCACAUCGGCACGGCCAGCCAGACCAUCAAGGUCUCCAUCGACAACACGCCAGCACAGGUAUUGGUGAGCUUUCUCGCCAAGACAGCAAAUAAGAGAAGUUUGCUGGGCAUUCCUGACAACAUGUGCGAGGCCGACUUUGUGCUACGUGUGUGCGGAAGGGAGGAGUACCUGUACGGGGAUAAACCGCUGCAGGACUUCAACUGGAUCCGUCAGUGUCUGAAGAACGGGGAGGAAAUCCACCUGGUUCUGGAGGCGCCACCUGAUACAGACCUGGAUCUGGUUCAGAAGGAGGACUGGGCACAAGUGGACGACUGCACCGGAGUCGCAGGUACCCAUGAGCAGUUGACCAUCGAUGAGAAGGACCAUGAACGAGUGUUCACCAUCUCCAUGUGGGACUGUAACAGGAAGUUCAGAGUGAAGGUGCUGGGUAUUGACAUCCCAUCUCUCCCCAAAAUUCCAGAGUUUAUUGUCUUCAUAGAAGCCAGCAUCUUCCACGGCCAACAGCUUUUAGCCCAGGAGAGGACGUCCUCUAAAACCUUCAAUGAAGAAGUGCUAUGGAACUGCUGGUUGGAGUUUAACAUUAAGAUCAAGGACCUGCCCAAAGGAGCACGACUCAACCUCCAGGUGGUCUGCGGGAAGCAGUCCCAGACGCCAAACUCCAAGGGAUCCUCCGCCUACCAGGAUAAUGCAGCGGGAACAGGCAGCCAUGAUGGAAAGAUCAAGAGCCGUCUUCUGUACUACGUCAACCUGCUGCUGAUCGACCACCGCUCCCUGCUGCGCCAGGGCGAGUUCAUCCUCCACAUGUGGAAAAUGCCCGAGAAGAGCGAGGAGAGCAGCAGCAGCAUCAACGCAGACAAGCUCACCUCGGCCACCAACCCCGACAAGGCCUCAGCCAUGGCCGUCGCCAUCCUGCUGGAUAAGUACUGCUACCCCGUGGUGCUGCCCAAGAGUCGGGACGUGGGCCGGGACGCCGCCACCGGCUGCGAGGAGGCAGAGGGAGGGGAGCGCGGUCAGAGAGAGAUGCCCAACCACCUGAAGAAACAGUUUGCGGCGAUCGUGGCCACAGACCCCCUGCAUCCGCUCAGCCCUGAAGACAAAGAGCUGCUGUGGCACUUCAGGCAUGAGUGUAUGCGCGACCCCAGGGCCUACCCAAAGCUCCUGGGUUCAGUCAGGUGGGGGAAACAGGAAGAUGUUUUGGCAACACACCGUCUGUUGGAGCGCAGCAGUGCGUGGGACAGCAGUGGUCUGGAUGUGGGUCUGGCCAUGCAGCUACUGGACUGCCACUACUCGGAUGCUCAGGUUCGCUCAAUGGCCGUCAGGAAGCUGGAGACUCUGGAAGAUGACGAUGUGCUCCGAUACCUUCUGCAGCUCGUACAGGCGGUCAAGUUUGAGCCCUACCAUGACAGUGCCCUGGUCAGGUUCCUGCUGAAGACAGCUCUGAGGAGUAAGCGUAUCGGCCAUUUUCUCUUCUGGUUCCUGCGCAGUGAGAUCGCUCAGUCCAUGCAUUACCAGCAGAGGUAUGCUGUCCUGCUGGAGGCCUACCUCAGAGGCUGUGGUGAGGACAUGCUGCAGGACUUCAGGAAACAGGUGGAGAUGACGGAGGCUCUGCAGAAAGUCACCCGUGAGGUCAAGGCCAUGUCUGCUGACAAGUGUGAUAUUACAGCACAAGUGGUGUUUCAGUUGCGUCAGAAGCUGGAGACUCUGCAGUCGUCCGGUCUGCCGGAGAGUUUCCGAGUCCCUUACGAUCCUGGACUAAGAGCUGGAGCCCUGCUGAUCGAGCAGUGUAAAGUGAUGGCGUCUAAGAAGAAGCCACUGUGGCUGCAGUUUAAAAGGGCCGACCCCACCACUCUGUCCAAAGACCCCAUCGGCAUCAUCUUCAAAGACGGCGAUGACCUCAGACAGGAUAUGCUCAUCCUGCAGAUUCUGCUGAUCAUGGAGUCGAUCUGGGAGACGGAAUCACUGGAUCUCUGUCUGUUACCAUACGGCUGCAUCUCCACUGGAAACAAAAUAGGUAUGAUUGAGACUGUGAAGGACGCCACCACCAUCGCUAACAUCCAGCAGAGUGUUGUGGGAAGCACCGGAGCUUUUAAAGAUGAAAUCCUCUGUCAGUGGCUGCGGGACAAGUGUGUCAGCGAGGACAAGUUCCAGCAGGCUGUGGAGAGGUUCCUGUAUUCCUGCGGUGGCUACUGUGUGGCUACCUACGUUCUGGGUAUUGGGGAUCGCCACAAUGACAACAUCAUGAUCACCGAAUCUGGGAAUCUCUUCCACAUCGACUUUGGUCACAUCCUGGGGAAUUAUAAGAGUUUCAUGGGAAUCAGUAAGGAGUGGGUUCCCUUUGUGCUCACACCAGACUUCCUGUAUGUCAUGGGAACAUCGGGAAAGAAAAGUAGCCCCCACUUCCAGAAAUUCCAGGAUGUGUGUGUGAAGGCUUACCUCGCACUUCGGCACCACACCAACCUGCUCAUCAUCCUCUUCUCCAUGAUGCUGAUGACCGGCAUGCCCCAGCUGACCAGCAAGGAGGAUAUCGAGUACAUCCGCGAGGCGCUGACAGUCGGCCGCAGCGAGGACGAGGCGCAGCGCCACCUCCUGGACCAGAUAGAGAUCUGCAGGGAAAAGGGCUGGAUGGUUCAGAUCAACUGGUUUGUUCACCUGGUGCUGGGGAUCAAGCAGGGUGUGGAGAAACGGUCCACUUAGGACUCUGUACAAAUUAGGACAGAUUAAGAUUUCCUUAACGCAUAUCUGUUUAUUUUUAGUUUUUUUUAUUUGAUGUAAAUAAGUCUUACAAGAAGGUUACAACAGAAGACUGAAAAGUAAUUUUUUUAAAGUCUCAGUAUACUUGCAAACACAGAUUUUGAAUUUUAGACCACAGGUCAUCUCAAAUAUAAAGUCAUUUUUAUGAAGAAUAACGACAGCAGAUGAAUAAUUUAGAAAUGGGAUAUGAAAAUCUCAUCAAAAGCAAUCAUUUCAACUAUGGAAAAAGGCUGGAACUUGAGUCCGCAAGAGUGAUUCUAACCCGAGACACUGCAUGUAUGCAGACUUGGCACCAAGAUGCAUAAGUGCUAAAUGAAAUGUAAUGAAUUAUAUUCUAUGUUGAGGAGACAGGGAACAUGAUAUAAACCCCUAAGCACUGCUUAGACCAAGUCAAACAUCCACACCAAACUCAAUAAUAUUUAUCAGAGUUUUUUUUUUCUUUUCUUCUUUUCCUCAAAUCAACCGUACUAUGACUGUCGUUGCAUAAGUCUUUGCCUGCUUAGUUUUACCUCUCGUUUCCACACAUUUUCAACUGUUUCUCAGAUGAAACUGUUGCUAUCUGCCCAACCACCUCAAACAGUUAUUGAUAAUGAUUAUGGUUAAAUAAGAAACCUUUUGAAAAAAAAAAACAAA